AUGUGGUCCAACUUCAUCGUACAGCCCGAUGGUGAUGAUCGUAUCGGGGUGGCCGGGACUUUACAAGGUGGAGGUUUAGCUGGAAUAAAAGGUGGAAGGGGACAGGGAAGGAGGGUCCAGAAGAUGAGUGACAGCCAGGAAGGAAAGAUCAAGCUGGCCUUCUUUGUGGCUAUCAUUGGCGUGACCCUCACGGUGUUGGGCAUGGGGACAGAGUUUUGGGUGGAGCUGGCACAACCAAAGAAUUUCAGCGGCAACCAGACCUGCCAGAUGGCAUAUUAUGGCCUGUGGAAGGGCUGCAUCCGCACCCUAUUUGUGGCGGACAUAGACCCAGACAGGGAGCUCUGCGGCCCCGCUGAACUAAAUGGAGUAACCAACUGCACCUACUUUAAGUUCUUCACCUCCGGGGACAAUGCAGUCAUAUUCAAGAAGACGACUAACAAACAGCUGAAUCUAGCAGCAGCUAUCUUGGCCCUUUUGAGUCUGACCAUGAUGGCAAUGGGCUCCAUCUGUAUCGGCAUGUCCCUCAACAAAGGAGUGCCCUUCUUUCUCAAGCCAGCCUCCUUCUGUUUCAUCCUAUCAGGUGUGCUGGUCCUCCUGUCUGUCCUGAUAUUCCACCAGUCCGUGCUGGCCUUGCUGUCCAGUGAUGACUCCAUACCUUUACACUAUGAGCUGUCCUGGUCUGUGGCCUGCGUCGGCUCCGCGGGAGGAAUUCUUAUUUUUGGAGGUUGCCUCUUUAUCCUCCUCUCUCUUCCUUUCAGCCCCUGGGAGAAAUGCUUUCCACACAAGAAUAGCGUCACCUAGCACUUGAAUGAUAAUAAAAUGUGCACACAGUAUUCUUGAUGUAUUGUUUGAGAGUGGAAAACAUCCAUUUUCUGAAGGCGGUGACUCUACUUAUUCUCGACAUUUAAUUUGUCAGAGAAGUCAUACAAGGUCUUAAUCAAAAUGUUUGUAGAGAAUUCAGAAACACAUUAGAAAGGUCUCCAGAAUUUGAAAACAAAUGUGUUUUAGUGGUUUUUUUUGGUAGAAAUAGCUGGACAUAGCAAUUUUAGUUUAAUGGUUUAAUUUUAAGCUCUUUGUUGUGUCACACACAUCUUGUUAUCCUGUCUAAAGUUGUACGUCCACAUACAAAUAUCUACUACAACUUUCUGUCAGCAUAAGUAUAUCAUAAAAAACCUUUUAAAGGCUCAAACACUUAAACGUUAAUGCUAAGUAUGGAAGCCCAUUUCUGUCAAGGAAAAACAAUUAUGAAUUAGAUUGAAAUUAGUUUAUUUUUAUUUUCUCUACACAGUUUUUGUGGCUCUACAAAACAAAAAACAGAGUUUCUGUUAUAAUUAAUAUGAUUGCUAGACAAAGCUGUCUAUCAAACUGUCUCUACUAAUGUUGCUCUUCUUGAAAGGACAUUCUUUAAGUUAGACACAAUACACAAGAAUGAGAUUGUAAAUCACAAGUGCGAUUAUAUGACAAAUAAUGAAGAUCAAAUUACAGAUGUCUCGUAAAAAUGACUUAACAUAAAUAUUUUGUUUAAAAUUCAUAAGGCACCACCAGAAUCUAUAACCAUCAACUUAGCAAAAAAUACUGUAUAGUUUUGUGUCAUAUCUGCUAAAUUAUAUAUUGUAAAAAAAUUCAUAUUCUAAGUGCUAUGAAGCUUUUAUACACUUACUACUUGUUAAAGAAGAGGCUUCAUGCCAAUAUUUAUAACUUAUGUGUUUUUUUCAACAAUUUGCUGAAUGCUGCUUCAGUAUGAAUGUAUGUUGAAUGAAAGCAACUGUGAAAAGUGAUUAAAAUACCUUUUUGUAUAUCA